GAUCACACCCAUUUUCACACCACAAUUGAUGACCACCGCGACGAUAUUUAUUCAGGAUCAUGAACUCAAGUUAAUUAAUAGCGUUUUUCACUGGGCAGCACUGAGUGCGCACUGAAAACUCGUCGAGUUCAGGCAACACUGCCGGAGUGCACUAAAAGUGCGAGUUUUUUGCACUCCCAACUAAACACGUCCAUUAUUCUUAGUGCCAUCUCAGUGCGGUUUUGUGGCGCAUUGUGCCGCUGUAUUAUAUACUUUUGAUAAAAUUUAUAACAUAAUAAUUCAUUAUGGAAAAUUCGAUUUCUUUUAAAGUCAAUGAUGAAAUAUUAACCCUUGAAUCGCUUGGCAUGGAAUUAUAUAAUAAAUUAAAGAAUAAAGAUGCCUAUAGCGCACAAUAAAGCUCCUCAUUCAAAAUGGAUUAUAUGUUCUAAAUUGCAAUGACCAGGAAAUUCGAGAAAUAUAUCGAAUGAAUGGAGAGGAAGAAGAAUUGAUAUAUCAUGCUAAUGUCCACAAUUUGGCACGGUUUAAUGAUGAGCAACUGGCAGAGUGCAAUAAAGAAAAUGAUGCAACAAAUUACUCUCAAUCACAGGACUGCAGUGAAAAGAGUACCGAUCACUGGACCGAUUCGGCCACUUCAUUCAUCCUCGACAAAUAUGAAACAUACUUAUCCGAUAUUGGUCCAAUGAAAAAAUUUAAAACUAAAAAAUUGAUGUGGUCACAAAUAUCUGCAGAUAUGACAAAAAUGUUAAAUAUUUCCAAAACUGCUCUACAAAUUGAAAAUCGGUAUAAAACGGUUUUAAAAAGAAAGAAAAAAGCAGUAGAGAAUAAUAGUAAAUCAGGUAGUUCCAGAGAAGAGAUACCAUUUGAAAAUGAAUUGCGCAAAAUUGCACGUGCAGAUGAUAGCAUCGAACCUGAGGUAUUGCGGAGUGCUAGAAGUGUGAAAUAUCCUAAGUUAAAUGUACCUGAAAUUCCGGAAGAAAUCUGCAACACUAGUCCCGCCAAACAUGCCAUCGAUGGCUCACCGAAAGCAAAAAAGUCUAAACGGAGCAAUCAAGAUAAAAUGAUGGAAUUAUUAGAAAAAAGAGAAGCCGCAAAGGAAAAGCGACAUCAGGAAAAGUUAAACCUGAUACGUGAGUUGUUUGCCAAACAGCCGAAUACAGAGUAAUAAAAUAAUAAAACCCAGCCAAAGAAGAAAGAAAAACUAAAAAUAGUAAUAGGUGUAAUAUUAGAACUGUUAACUAUGGCUGCUUUUCUUUUAGUUUUUGGUAGUCAAUAAGUAACAAGAAUAAAACAAUGCUCGUAUCGACUGUGUUCAUUAAAAGGAAAGCAGCUUAUAUAUAAAUAUUGAAAGUGUUAGUAAGAUGUUUUUCAUUAAUGAUUUUAUGUUUGUUUCUUACAUAAUUUUUUUUCUACACUAGUUUUCUUUCUAGUCUAUGUAGUCUAUGUACCUAUCUAUAUUACUACAAACACGGACGUAAUGUUAUACUUACAGAUACAAAUAAUGUGUUGACAUUUUUGAAAGAUUUAUUUUAUUUUAAAUUUAUAAGUAAUAUGCACACAUGGUUUAUUUCAUGUAUCUGAUUUGCAUCUCGGAUUCGUAACGUAAAAAACAGUCAGCUUUAUAAUUUGUUCACAAUACAAAUUGUUAAAAUUAUGGAAAAUUACUGGAUGUUGUUUUAGAAAAUGUAAACUGUAUGUAGUUAAUCUUUAGUUGAUUGCAAUAGACAUUGCAGUACCAAUUAUCGACUAUUAUAGUUCUAAGUUAAAUAACUCUAUUGUCGCAAAUGUACCUUUUUUCUUUCCAGAUAUAGUAUUAUUACCAAUAGCAUUACUAGACCCGAUGUAAUAUUACUCUUAGCAAAAAGUUUUUUUAUCUGAAAAAAUAAACCUGAAUGUUUACAAACAAAAA